GUAAUGUGUCGGUGUGCGCAUUAUAAGACCUUUUGUUGCAGCGGCUGCUAUUUUUACACCGGCCGGCAUUUUCGGAAUGUUUAACCGACAUCAACUGGCAAGCAGGCAACGUUUCACAUUUUUCUCAUACUAUUCAUCGCCUACUUUGGUAGUGGUGGUACGGAUGGCGCCGGUGCGUUUGGAGGUGGAGCGUGUUAUAGAAAUCAAAUGCGAUUUUGCCACGGUGUGUGUUGGUGUUAGUGUCGGCCGAAAGAUGCUGCUGAAUAAUUACAGUACCGGUGACUGGAAAACUUGAAUGAAUCUAAAUAUAAAUGAAACCCAUUUAAUGUGCACAGACACCGGUGAAAGACGAUUCAACCGCUCGAGAGCUCCAAAUUGUGAAAUGCACCAAUGACCUCUUGUAGCUGAUAGGUGAGAAGGAGGAUGCCCAUAUUCCAAAAAUAAAACUCCGCAGCAGGAAUGAAUCGACGACACACGAUCCGCCAGGAUGAUUGGCCGGGAAGUAAUAGGCUCUGGUAGCAAACAAAGCAAAGCUUAUCUUGAUAGUGAUCUACAUCCAAGGAUGAACUUACAGGGGUUUGCAGGGGUUCUGGAAAUUGUGGCACACUUUCCGGCCCCUUACGCACGGGAAGUGAUACUUUGGAAGUGAUCGCACGCUGGACGAUAAAGCGGUCACCAUUCCAAAUAUCAAUUUAUGGGAAAUGGAUUCUUAGGCAACCUUAUUCGUGAUAAUUCUAGUGCAUGAUUAUUCCUUUUGGAUUUCCAUUUGGCCUUUGCAAUCAGAGUGCCUUAGAAUCCAUAUUCCGUCACAAUUAGAUUCACUACUGUGAUAGCUUUAUCCUUAGCUCGCCACUGCAAAGUAUCACUUCCAGUGCAAAAAUGUCUAGAAAGUGUGCUAAAAGCAUAAAAACAGUCAUCACCUGAAAAACCCUAUGAUGCUGAUAAGCCGCUUGACCGUUCACUUCAAUUGCGAUAUGCCAGUGUCUGUCAGGAAGGCGUCAGAAACACAUCGAGAUAGAUCAUCGAACAGCACUGAUACAUCAUGGCCCGUCCCCUACUAUCUCCGAUUAUUUUGCUCUUCAUGGUAUCCACACUAUUUCGCUUAUCUGCCAGUAAUCGUGAUGCGAUAGGUUAUAGAGUUUUGCAGCAGAAAUCGUACUACCUCGGUACCACAUUCAGGCUAAACUGGCAUAAGGCAGCCGCUUUCUGCCGAUCGCAAGGACUCUUCCUGGUGUCAAUUAACAGCCAGUCACAGCUAGAUGAAGUGAUUGAGUACAUCAACAAAAGUGGAUUCUUUAAUGCGAACGAGAGCAACCUGCAACUGUGGACAUCGGGCAAUGAUUUGGGAGAGAAAAAUCAAUUCCUCUGGACGUCGACCGGUGAGCGGAUCACGUUUAAUCAAUGGACCCAGGGUGAACCAAAUCAUGCUCAGGUGGGCAACUGUACAGUGGAGCAUUGUGUAGUGCUGCAGCACUACCAAAACGGUCUCGGUGCUACCUAUUCGUUUGAUGAUAGAGCAUGUGAAUGGCAAUACUAUUUCAUGUGCGAAUCCUUAGAUUGUUAGAGUGCAGGAUAACGUGUUGGGGUGGUGAAGGAGUUGGAUUAAUUUAAAAUUUCAUACACAAGCUUUUUUCUGUAAAGAUUAUUUCAUAUGAAUCAACAGCGAUCAGUGAUUCGUAUCUCGAAUCAAAUCUCUUAAAAUAGACGAAUUGCUAAUGAUGCGUAUACAUUUUAAAUGAUCCGUGAAUCUUGAAAGAUUUGUUGAUCUCUAGCAGAAAUUGCGGUCGAGUACUGGCGUUCCUGCUGUGCCGAAGGGUCGGGAAGUCGUUAUCGAGUAUCUGGACAGUACCGGGUACAAGAAAACGCAUAAAGACCUCAUGGCCUGGAUGUCUGCGAACUAUCUCGGCCAUGAGGGUGAAUUUCAUUGGUCCUCGACGGUUACAAGAUCGACGACUGCACGGCCAUCCUUUCCCAACUAUAACUACACCUUCAACGAUCGGUUCUGUGGACGGGAAUUAUAGGUUACCUGCAUAAUUUUGGACCAGUUUUUUAUAUGAAGAAUAUUUAGAAAAUAGAAAGCAAUUACAAUCCAGUUAA